AUGGUGCUGAUAACUGGAGAUUGUCCUGGAGGAGGUCUACCUGUGGUACAAGAUCAAAACGGUAGCAGGGAUGGUCAGGUGGGAGCCUGCCGAGUAUUUGAGGAAUCUUCUAUCCAGAGCAGCGAUGAGGAGAAAGAGGAGCAUUCCAGUGGCGAUGAUGAUGAUGAUUACUGUGAUGAAGACGACGAUGACGUCUACCAGGAAUUUGAAGAGUUUGAUUUCUCCCAGUUACCAGACAGCAAGAGUAUUGCAUCGGAUGAUUCCUUCUAUCCACCUGAUGAAUCAAUCACCUAUCAUCGGUCCCCGACACCCGAGAGUCCAGAACCUCUCACCUUUUUCAAAGCAUGUUGCAAUAAUAAUGCCAUCAUAGUCAAAAUCAUGAUCCGACAAGGAGUCACGGAAGAGGAAGUGCGAGAAGUGGACAAGAACAACAGGACAGGUUUGAUAGUGGCGUGCUACCAAGGUUACGUGGAUGUGGUCAUCGCUCUAGCGCAGUGUCCGCAUGUGGAUGUGAACUGGCAAGACAACGAGGGAAACACGGCCCUAAUUACAGCUGCACAAGCAGGUCACAUGAUGAUCACCAACUAUCUGCUGAAUUACUUUUCUGGACUGGACAUCGAACGCAGAAACUGCCAUGGCUUCACAGCUAUGAUGAAGGCAGCCAUGCAGGGCCGGGCUGACUGUGUUCGAGCCCUAAUGAUGUCAGGAGCAGACAUCGAAGCGAGAGACUAUGGGCGCAAGCUGACACCACGCGAAUGGGCCCUCUUCACGGGCCGCCAUGAGACUGCACGUGUGAUGUUACGGCUGAUGGCGCAGCCGUGUGCGGAGCAGUUCUGUGACUCCUUCAGCAUGGAGUGGCCUGCGCUAAGGGAGCUGGUGGAGCGGGCACAGGAGCCCAAAUCGUGCUGGAGGACGAUAUCAGAGCGUGCCUGUGCUGCGUUCGUCUUCAGGACGAAGACGGAACCGCUGGAGGAGGGCACACUGGACUAUAUGGUGCGCAUGACCACAGCACUAGCCAGCCCGCUGGUGGCCACAGCCUGCCACACUGUGUGUCCAGGGAGCCCACCCUGUGUGGGCAAGCGGCGGCCACCUGUGCCGGACAUCCUACGCAAGCAGCGGCUGGAUGAGCUGAGGAGGCUGGGUCCCGAACGCCUCAGCAACUACAAGCGCCUCUUCCAGAACUCUCGUGUACUGCUGGUGCCCAAGAAGCGGGAGCGUCGUGCCAGCCUGCAGCCGCCUACGCUGCAUGAUAUGGCACUGACCUCGACUGUGGCACUGCGCAGGAGCAGCCUGCUGCCGCUGCACAUGAUGCGCAGGAGCAGCGUGAGACCUGGGAUAGUGGUGCCCAAGGUGCGCCUUUGCAAGGCUCCGCCACCCACUUAUGUGCCCGAGAGGAUCCGGCACAGGGGUGACUCACAGCACCUACAGGUGCCCAAGUGGAAGUACAAGGCUUUAAAGGAGGAGAGGAAACAAAUGGAACAGGACAACAAGCUGAAGUUUCCCACUGUACGGAGGAGAUGA